AUGGCCUCCACUGGUCGCCCCCCUGUUUCAAGACUAUCAAACAACCAACCACUUCCUACUAUCAAACCACCUCAGACAUCAACACCUCAUAAACAAUCGAGCAACCCCCCUCAAAUAUCCUCCCUGCUGCCUUCGAUACGCACUACAAAUCCCCUUCACCCCCACUCUGGCUCCUGGGCAGAGAGAGUCAGAGUAACUGACACAUCCACUAGGUUCUCCCUAGAUCCCAUCCCCAGGCAGGAGUGUGGAGCUCGUCUCAGGAUCCCUGCAGAACUAUUAUCCGAAUCUGCUGACAAAUGGAACAGGUGCAUGGUUGGCUUCUCCCCAGGCUUCAAAAUGAAUUACCAUACGGUCAACACAAUAGCAACAAGAGCUUGGAAACGUUAUGGGCUAGAGGAUGUGAUGACCACAGCCGGUGGAUUUAUGAUUUUCAGAUUCAAUACAGUGGAUGACAUGCAUGGAGUGCUGGAGAAAGGGCCCUGGAUGUUCGGGGGCAAAGCUAUAAUCCUACAACAAUGGCACCCUCACCUUGUUCUUGAUAAGAAUAAGAUAAAUAAGCUUCCUGUAUGGAUACGUUUGCAUGGCCUGCCUUUCCCGCUCUGGUCCAAGUCUGGAUUAAGCCUAUCUGCUAGCAUGGUCGGCCGCCCAUUAUCUUGUGAUGAGCAAACCUUCAACAACACCCGGCUGGACUUUGAACCUAUCCUGAUAAAAGUUGAAUAUGAGUGGAAACCCUCUCGGUGCAGCAAAUGCUGCUUGUUUGGCCAUGUAUGCCCAGAAACAGACAUGACAGAGCUAGCUCAAAUGAAUCCAGAGACCAUACCAACCGAAACCUUACCCCUCCAUCUAUCAACUGAUUCUGGCAAAAACAAUGACAGUUGCACUAUUGCAGAGGGGACAAACAAAUCUCCACAAGAGAAUACCCUAUCAGUUGACGCUGGCAAUAUCACUAAUGAGGUCCACUAUACUGUUGCAGCUAGGAAAAACAAGGCAAGAGCAUCCGGUCUCAGUGGCCCCCUACAUACACAACCCACUGGGCAAAUUGAUAGCAGAAAGGGCCACCUACCCAAGAAACCAAUGGAACAGUUGCAUAUAGUGCCAUUCAACAGCAGGCACUACCCCAUUGAAAGCAAAUUGGACAAUGAGGGUGAUGAGGGGGAGUCAGACAAUGAUCCAACUCAUGACUAUCAAUUGAUUGAAGAAAACCAGCUGCUCAUCGCCAGAUUUGACCGCUGUGUAGAGAGCAAAAUGGCACCCCUGAUAAGCACUAGUGAAGCCUCGUCUUCAGCUGAUGCAUCCUCAACAUUUAUAGGGUGGGAUACAAAGAUUGUGAAAAUCUCUUGCCUGCACUACUCUGACCAGUGGGUCACUUGUGAAGUUACGUCCCUUGCCUCGAAAGAAAUCUCCAGGUUCACCUUUGUGUAUGGCCAUAAUACUCCGGCUGGGAGAGGCUUAAUAUGGGAGUAUAUAAUGCAGCAUGCUCCGCUAUUCUCUACAUCCCCUUGGGCCCUCAUGGGUGAUUUCAAUGCCACUAUUCAGCCUUCGGAUAGGUUAGGUGGAAAUUUGCAUUGGUAUGGGCAUCAUGAAGAUUUUGGCCGUUGUAUUCAUGAAGCUGAACUAAUUCAGGUUCCAUAUUCAGGGCUGAAAUUCUCCUGGCAUAAUGGUCAGAUUGGAAGAGAUACUAUUAUGAGGAAGCUUGACUGGAUCUUCUGUAACCCGGCUUUCCUUAACACUUGGCCAACAGCGCACUCUAAGUUCCUCCCUAGAGAUGCAUCAGAUCAUAGUGCAAUGAUCCUAGACUUCAGCAAUCACAGACCUCAGGGACCAGCCCCUUUUAAGUUCCUUAACUUGUGGGCGGACAAAGAGGAUUUUAUGGAUAUAGUCAGAGCCGUUUGGCAGCCUCCCAUCAGUGGCAAUCCCAUGUAUUGCCUCACAGCUAAGCUUCGACUUUUAAAGAAUGCCUACAAGUCCCUCCAUAGACAGCAUACAAGUCACAUCUCUCGCAGGGUAGCUGAAGCAAAAGCUAGUUGGAACUCUGCUCAGGUUGCUCUGGAUGAAUCCCCAGAUUCUCUUGAGCUUAUGACUGCAGAAAGGAAUCAUGCCCGAAUAUACUCUCAGUUAUGUAAGGAAGAAGAGGCUUUCUACAAGCAGCGUUCUAGAAUCCAGUGGUUGAGUCUAGGGGAUAGAAAUACCAAGUUCUUUCAUAGAUCCCUAGUCCACAGACAAUCUAGGAAUAGGGUCCAUGGUUUGACUGAUGAGGCAGGGAAUCAAGUGACUGCUAAUAAGGAGAUGGGGCAACUAGCAGUGACAUACUACCAGAACAUUCUAGUAGCCCCCCCUCAUACAUCUCAAGAGGAUGUCUCAAGCCUUUAUACAUCCAAGAUCCCUCCCACAUCGGUUCCCAGUCUUAUCCAGCCAAUCACUUUAGAAGAAAUCAAGAGGGCCCUUUUCUCAAUCCCAGAUGAUAAGGCCCCGGGGCCAGAUGGAUUUACCUCCUACUUCUUCAAAAAAUGUUGGGGGAUUAUUGGAACAGAUUUCAUUAAUGCAAUCAGGUCUUUCUUUGAACGCAACACCCUCCCAAGAUGUAUCAAUGCAACCAUAAUAGCCUUGGUGCCGAAGGUUGAGAACCCUGCAGGCAUGGAUGAUUAUCGGCCAAUAUCUUGCUGCAAUGUAAUCUAUAAGUGCAUAUCCAAGAUCAUGGCUACCAGAUUGAAGACCAUCCUUGCUGAUAUAGUUAACCCCUCCCAAUCGGCCUUUGUUCCAGGGAGGCAGAUCUCAGACAACAUUUUGUUAACUCAGGAGCUAAUGCAUAAUUAUCACUUGGAUAGAGGCCCUGCCAGAUGUGCGCUGAAAGUUGAUCUGAGAAAGGCGUUUGACACAAUCAGUUGGGAUUUCAUAAUUAGGGGGUUACAAGCUAUAGGAACUCCGGACUGCAUGGUUGGAUGGAUUAAGGCUUGCAUAUCCUCGGCUACCUUCUCUGUUAGCCUCAAUGGAGAGCUACAUGGGUUUUUCCCUUCCAGUAGGGGGCUGCGUCAAGGCGACCCCCUCUCUCCUUAUUUAUUUGUCCUUGGCAUUGAAGGCUUGGGGGGUCUCCUUAAGACAGCUUCAUUGGGCGCACAGUUUAGAUUCCAUUGGAGGUGCAAACAGAAUGCUAUCACUCAUCUUACCCUUGCUGACGAUCUCAUGAUCUUUAGCCAUGCCGAUCUAGCCUCAGUUAAAAUCAUAAGGGAGGUUCUGAACAACUUCUCUAGUCUCUCAGGAGUGGAAAUAAACCACAACAAAAGUCAGGUUUUUGUAUCAGGGGUUGCAGAGGCUUUCAGAACAGACAUCAUCAAUUGCUUGGAUUUCAGAUUGGGUACCCUACCAGUGAAAUAUCUUGGUGUUCCUUUGAUUAGCACAAGAUUAACUCAUCAGCAUUGCCUGCCUCUAAUCGAGAGAAUUAUUUCCAGGAUCAAAUUGUGGACAUCUGCUUCUCUCACUUAUGCAGGUCGGCUCCAGCUAAUCAAAUCAACCCUAUUUUCUAUACAAGUGUACUGGUCAAGUAUUUUCAUCAUCCCUGCUUCAACGAUCCGGAAAAUUGAAAGCUCUCUUGCCUCAUUCCUAUGGAAGGGCACUUCACUCACCCAUUCAGGAGCUAAAGUUGCAUGGGCUUCACUAUGUUACCCCAUGAAUGAAGGGGGGCUGGGGAUAAAGAGCAUCACAACCUGGAACAAAGAUGCACUUCUGAAGCAUGUCUGGAGGCUGAUAUCCAAAAACUCUUCCAUUUGGGUAACAUGGGUCCUUUCGGUCCUGUUAAGAGGCCGCAGCUUCUGGUAUAUCAACCUCCCCACGGCCUCCUUUUGGUCUUGGAGAAAGAUUCUUCAAAGCAGAAACUGGUGCAAAGGUCUUUUCACAUCCUGUAUUGGAAAUGGCAGGGAUACAUCACUAUGGCUGGAUUAUUGGCUGCCGGAUGGAAGAAGAGUCUGCGACCUUAUGCCCUUCAGGGUGUUAUCUUCCACAGGUCUUCCUUGGAACGCGAAGGUUGCUGACAUUAUCAGUGCGGGUAGAUGGAGCUUCCCAUCAGGACACCUGGAUCUCCAGCCGAUAUGGAACUCCAUCCUCUUCCACCCAAAGAUGCACCAGCUAGAUACAUACAUCUGGAACGGGACCCCAACAUGA